AUGUUUAUGCCCCAGUCCCAACCGCACCACAGCCGCUCCUACGGUGCACCCUCGACCGUCCGUCGACGAGGUGACAAGGAGAAUGCUGGUGCACUGCCGUCCAAGACCCCUAGUCGUAAUGCGCUCAAGCAGGUCGCCGGACCAUCAACCGGACGCAUGCUCGGGAAGGCGACUAUCGACCGGAAUAUUCUUGCACCGAAAAGCGAUGCCCCUCCUCCCAACGAUGACAUCAAGCCCAAGCGGCUAUUUGCAAACGUUCAGCCACCCGCUUCGACGACGCGACCUGUGAAACCUCGAUCCGUUAAAACACCCGCUCAUGCAAAGACUCCUGCCCCUUACCGUGAUCUUGAGCCUGAGCCGCAACCCACUCCCCUUCCUAGUGCGCAGCGCACGCGUCGUCGAUCCCGCAACUCGCUGGUCCGCACCCCCGACCACCAAUGGGAUCAGGAGUUGUCGUUGGACUCGAUCGCCGAGGUCGAACUGGAACCAGCGGCGGCUCCGGCUGUCGAAUCCGAUUACGAGCUCGAGUAUGCGCCGUCACCUAUCAAGGAGGUGGCCUAUGUCCCGGAGUGGGCUGACAGCAUUCCUGACCCUAUCGAGACCAUGACGAAGCUCGGCCAGAUGCGCCCCAUGCUCUUCGUUGCGGCUCCUAGCCCUCCAAAGGCACUCCAGCCUGUCCCGAUGCCGACGCUAGAUCUGUGUGACGACGACGAGGUUGAGGAGCCGAUCCUCCGCAAGGCUAAACCCGCUCCGGUGGCUCAAAAGUCCAAGGCCGCUCUGACGUCGAAGCCCGCCAACCGGCCCCUGGCCAUUCGCGGCCCUAGUGGCGCUGCCAGGCCUGGCGCACCUGCUAUUCGGCCCACGGCUCGCGCUCCGGCUACCACUCGCACUGCUGUGGCGAAGCCUGCUCCUGGAUCGUCGGCGACGCGCCCUCUCGCCUCGAAGACGGCCACCUCUCUCCGACCAGGAACCACCACCAAGCCCCCGCCCACUGCGCGCUCUGCGCCGCUCGGGGCGGCUCGUUCCACUGUCACCACUCGACCCGCCGUAGCUGCCGCUCGCACUGCGUCGGCUCCGCUCAAGUCCGGUGUUCGCAGCGUUCUCUCGAAGACAGAGACACGUACUACAGCUACGCGUGCCGCUCCCGCUCCUUCCGCUCGCAAGCCCACCACGGUGGCCCCGACCUCGAAGCCGGCUGCCCGCCCUGGCGUCAAGCCCGGCACGGCAACCCGUCCCGCUCUCGCCUCCAAGACUGCUGUGCGCCCCCCAGCUCCCGCUCCUGCUCCCACUCCCUCGUCGCCUGUCCCCGAGUUUGCCGACAUGGAGAUGAAUUUUGGCGUCCUCGACCUCGACUUCAGCGAGUUGGAGCCCAAGGUUCAGACUCCACCCGCCAUUGACCUUGGUUCUGAGCUCAUGGAUCUGCCCCUACCUGCAGACGAACGCGAGCAGGCUACCAAAUCGGCAGAGUCUGAGUCUGCUCCUCCUUCCGUGGUGCAGGCGAGCGAGCUUCCCCUCUCUGUGGAGCUCGGCCAGCCCAUCACCGCUGAAGCGGACAUCGCGAGGCCCAGCGCUCAGGAUGCUCCUGCCCAUGAGGCUGAGUGCCUUCCUGUCGAGGCAGUCUAUUCCCAGCAGAGCGAGCAGACAGCUCCCAUCGAUGCCGCCAACGUGGCUGAGCGCAUUGCCGUUGGCCAGGCCGGUACCGCUGACAAGGUCGUCGCUGUUGACGAGCCUGCCGCUGCUGAUGAGCCUGCCAUUGCUGAUGAGCCCGUCGUUGCCGCCGAACCUGGCGCCGCCGACGAGCUUGUCGUCUUCGAUGAGCCUGCCGCUGCUAUCGAGUCUGCUGCUGUCGAUGAGCCCGCCGCCGUGGACGUCGACGUUGAUGGGCCGGCUUUUGAUCCCAAGGAGCAGCCUGCCUCCGGUGAGCCUGUCACCACCGACGAUACUGCAAGCGACGACUUCGAAGCUGUGGACCCUGCUCUCGCCCCUGCGGUGCCCUCAUCGAACAUCGCCUUCGACACCAUCCCGGAGGAGCUGGAGCAAGAGCUCGACCUUGACGUGAACGCGCUCGACAUCAGCGAGGACAUGAGCCUGGAGUCUAUCCAGUAG